AUGCGCCUCUCGACUCUCGCCCUCACCACAUUCGCCAGCUCGGCGUUCGCGCUGCCUUCCGUUGGAUCGCUCUCACCGCGCCAGGACAAAGACUGCAUGACUCGCGAGGAAGCCACGGAGAUCGUCGAGAUCUACAAGCGCCUCAUCGCCAACUACACGCCCGAAGACUGCGAAAAGUACUGCGCCUCGGAUUUCGUCGACCGAUCCGACAGCAUCAACACCUUCAUCCACCGUCCGCUUGGCGAGCCGACGUUUGCGACCAAGGAAAUCUUCAUGGAGGCGCAAUUGUCAAACCCCCCGUUCCCUGUCGAGAUCGACAGCGUCGACGCCGUCGACUGCGAGGCCAUCGGCCUGCGCUGGCAUGCCACCUUUGGCGCGGCCAACAAGCCCAGCCGGGGCCUCACGCUCAUCGGGACGACCAAGCGCGAGGGUUGGUGGCAGAUCAAAAGCCUGGAUGUCGAGUUCAACAGCCUGAUUUGGCUGCUCAACAUGGGCGGGAGCUACACCUGGGAGGGUUAA